AUGUCUCCCCGGCCAUUGAGGCAGGCCUUCAAUCUCCGCCCAUCUCUGAUCGGUCAUCCGGACUAUCCUGCAUUCAAGUAUACCCGGAGCAGGGUCUUUUUGAAGAACGGACCUGGCCAGAGAUGUCUUGCAACAUUUGCAGAACAUUCAGCUGCUACGACCAAGUCGGAUAGCAAACAGGAGCGUGUCGUUAUCCUUGGUUCCGGUUGGGGUGGAUAUACCAUCUCGCGCCGCCUGUCUCCAAAGUCUUUCUCGCCAAUCAUCAUUUCUCCACGCUCCUACUUUGUUUUCACUCCUCUCUUAACCGACACAGCCAGUGGCUCGUUGGAUUUCUCCAACAUCGUCGAGCCAGUCCGGGAUCCACGCGCCAAAGUUGACUUCAUCCAAGCGGCUGCACGCGCUAUUGACUUGAAAAAGAAGACUAUCUUGUGCGAGGCCACUGUAGUCAGAAGCGGUGUUACAGAGUCACCGCGUACUUCUGAAGAUGAGAGACAAGGCGACGAAGGGCCUGAAGCGUCCUUCAAGCCGCCAAUCAAAGAGCUGCGCCACUGGGAACAAGGAGAAACAUUCGAGGUUCCAUAUGAUAAACUGGUCAUCGCAGUUGGUGCUGUGAGUCAAACCUUUGGUACUCCAGGUGUUCGUGAAAAUGCCAUGUUCUUCAAAGAUAUUGGCGAUGCCAAGCGGGUGAAGCGGCGCGUGCGUGAAUGUUUCGAGCUGGCGGUUCUUCCAACCACAACGCCCGAGAUGCGCAAGUGGCUCCUUCACUUUGCAAUUGUUGGCGCCGGCCCUACGGGCACCGAACUCGCCGCGUCCCUGCGUGAUUUCAUCUACAAGGACUUGAUGACGCUGUAUCCCGCUCUCAAAGGCAUUCCAAAGAUCAGUCUUUACGACGUUGCCCCUAAAGUACUGUCAAUGUUUGACGAAUCUCUCUCCCGUUAUGCGAUGGACACCAUGAGGAGCGAAGGUAUUGACAUCAAAACCUCUCAUCAUGUCCAGAGCUUGCACUGGGGUCCACCCGGUGCACCGGAACCACAUGAGAUGGAUCCCAAGCGCUGCUUAACUUUGACAACCAAGGAGGAGGGCGAGGUUGGCGUCGGAAUGUGCGUCUGGGCGACAGGCAAUGCGAUGACCAAGUUCGUUAGCCAGUCACUAAGUGCAGUGAAAGAAUUCCCAGACAAUUCUAUCUACACCCUUAAUGGCGAAUGCAGCCCUGCUGCACCCACUGGGCAGUCCUCCUGGGAGUACAAGAAGGUUCCCAAAACAGGUGCUCUACUCGUCGACGGGCAUCUCCGAGUGCAGCUGCAAAACGAUGACGGACAGACUGCAGUUCUCAACGAUGUCUUUGCUCUGGGCGACAAUGCCAUGCCUGAGACUGGUGCACCUCCCGCCACAGCACAGGCAACUUAUCAGGAAGCAAAGUGGCUCGCAGAUCGUCUUAACAAGCGAGACCUGGCAAAGACACCACCUUUCUCGUUCAGAAAUAUGGGCACUCUGGCCUACAUUGGCAGCGAGAAGGCCCUUAUGCAAAUUCCUCACGAUAUUCAUGAUCCAAGCAAGCGCAGUAAAUACCUACCUGGGGGAAUCACAGGCCGCAUGGCACGGGUGGUCUGGAGCGCAGCGUAUAUUACCAUGUCCAUCAGUUGGCGCAACAAGCUGCGGAUAGCGUUCAGGUGGACAUUGAACAGAUUGUUCGGGAGAGACGUGUCGCGCUUUUGA